AUGGCGAUGUCCCAGGCAGCAAACCUACUGGAAAAGAAACUCCCACGUGGUAAUAAUGCGACAAUCACCACUGACGUGUCUAACUACGCCAAUGAACAUGGAAUGGAGACAGGAGAGAUGAUCCAGGCUACUACUUGGCAAGGGAAGAACCAAGUCAAAGUUGUGAAAAUGCCGAAGCCGCGUGUGAUCGACCCUGGAGACGUUAUUGUCAGGAUCACAGGCACCACUAUUUGCGGUAGCGAUCUGCACCUGUAUCACGGGGUCAUUCCCGAGAUGCAGAAGGGCGACGUGCUCGGCCAUGAAUGCUGUGGAAUUGUGGAAAGUGUAGGGCCAGAGGCAAAGAACGUCAAAGUCGGAGAAAGAGUUGUUGUUGCUUUUCCGAUUGCCUGUGGGACUUGCAGGAAUUGUCGGAAAGAGUAUUAUUCUGUAUGUGAACGAACCAACGAGAAUGCUCUGGCCAAUGCCUUGUAUGGGAAGCGAACUGCAGGCAUGUUUGGCUAUUCCCAUUUCACAGGUGGGUUUGCAGGUGGCCAGGCCGAGUAUGUUCGAGUUCCGUACGGCGACGUCAAUUUGCUUCAAAUUCCAGCAGAUGUACCAGAUGAGAAGGCACUUUAUGUCUCAGAUGUUAUGGCAACAUCAUGGAACUGUGUGGUCGACACGGGUGUGAAGAAAGGAGAUGUUGUUGCGAUCUGGGGAGCCGGACCGAUUGGGCAGAUGUGCGCACAGUAUAGCUUCUUCCAUGGAGCUAGUCGAGUCAUCCUUAUCGAUGGAGGUGACGGUGCAUGGCGAUUGGACUUCGUGAAGACUAAAGAACCGAGGAUCGAGACGAUCAUCUUCAGUGACCUACCGAAAGGUGAGUCGGUGACAUCACAGCUGAAAAAGAUGGUCGAGGGCGGACCCGAUGUUGCUUUAGAGUGUGCAUCGGGUGAAUAUGCCAAAGGAUGGGCGCAUUACUUUGAGCAGAGGCUUGGGUUGGAGACGGACACUUCGGAGAUGUUGAAUGAAAUGAUCACUGCCGUUCGCCCGUUCGGUCAUGUUGGGGUGACAGGUGUCUAUAGCGCAUUUACCAAUCACUUUAACAUUGGGGCUCUGAUGCAGACAGGUGUUCACCUUAUGGGUAAUGGACAAGCUCCUGUUCAAAAGUAUUGGAAGCACCUCAUGCAUCUCAUCGAGACAAACCAGAUCAAUCCGCUAGAUAUGGUGACCCACCGUGUCCAUUUGGAAGACAUGGAAAAAUUGUAUGCGAGUUUCAAUAAGCGGGAGAUAGGCAUGCAGAAGGUCUUUGUGGAGACCCAGUACUCUGCUCCUCCAGCAGAGGGAACUCCUCGAUUAACGCAGUUGUGA